AUGCGUGGUCGAUAUGACCUCGGUGAUGACAAUGUGACUGGACUCUGUGCAAAAUGCCACGCAUUCGAACACCAGCGAAUGAUAGAGAAUGAAGCAAUGGAUAUCGACGUGCAAACGAAUUCCAAUGAUGAUAUUUCGAAUUGUGAUGAAGAAGAAGAGAAUGAAACAGAACAGGAAGAGAGUGAUAAUGAUGAUGACAAUGAUGAAGAUGGCGAUGAUGAUAGUGAUGAAAAAGAAAGUGAUGAUGAUUCAUUUCAUGAAUUGACCUAUCAGCAGCAAAAAGCGAUGGAAACAUUAUCCAGUAUUUUUCGAAUGCUGAACGUAGGUCCAAUCCAUGAUCGAUCCAAUGUUGCUCCAAUACGUCGUCAAAUCGAUCAAGUGUACACACAUCUUCAUCAACUCUGCGACGUUUUUGAAGGAAAAAUCAACUGUUCUUCACAAGCAAAUCCUCACGGAGUGCGUAUCGAAGAAUCCAAUGAACUGAUCGCAGGUCUGAAACGAUUAUUUAAUGAGAGCAAUGCUGCUGAACAAGUUCGAUUAAUGACCAUCGCUCCAAAAUCAUUGGGUCGUCAGAAAAUCGAAAGAUGGUGCGUAUGA